AUGACUUCAGCCCACAGACCAACUUUUGACCCCGUCAAGGGAAAGGCUGAACAGAUGCGAUCGGCGGUCACUCAUGCACGGAGUUUGCCGUCUCAUACAAAAAUGAAGUACCGUCGAGCUACAAGAACUGAGGAUCUAGAAGGCAAGAACGCUGAGGCAAAGAAGAACGACAAUGAGAAUGACGAUGAGAACGAAGAUGGAAUGCUGUCCUAUUCUAAAUUUACAUUGGUCGAAGAUGGACCUUAUAAAGAGCACAAAAACAGCGGGGACAACGAUGACGGGCAUUUCUACUCCCAAGAGCAAGUGAAUCAAUCAAAUCUCGGUUCCUCACAAACCGAAGUUAACAACUCAGAAUCUUCUUCUGAGUAUGAGUCCGAGUCAGAAGAUGAAGAAACUUUGUUAAGAGAACUUGAGAAAAUCAAACAAGAAAGAAAGGAGAAAAAAAUGGAAGAAAUUGAAACAGAAAUGAGGACCAUUCCUCAAAAGCGAUCAUGGAGAAAUUCAACAUUCAGGAAUACCAACUCAAAGAAGACCACCACAGAUAAGAAAUCGUCUUACACUAACGAUACCCUAAAGACAGACUAUCACCAGAAAUUCAUGGACAAGUUUAUCAAGUAA